AUGGACUGGCUGCACUGUAACUUCUGUUUCCUGUUGGACGGGCGGAACCUGGCCAUUUCCAGCUGUGGUCACAUCACAUGUGAAAGAUGUGUGAAUCCCGAGCACUGCAAUAUCUGUGGUGCCAUUUGCAGCUACCUCCCCAUCUCUGACAAGAUGAAGCCACAGGAGCAGCUGUACUUUAAAGACCCGCUGAAGCUCCUGCAGUCUCGAAUGGAGCACAUUUCCCAGAUAGCAGUGUUUCAGCGCAGGCAGAAAGACAGGACGAUCUCCUUCUUCAGACACAAGGCCCUGGAGCUGGAGAGGAGGCUGAAGGAGAUCAUGGAGCAGAGCUACAGGGAGUUAUCGGAGUUAAAGCAGGAGAACGUGGAACUAAAGAAGCCACUCUCCCAGAGAAGGGCUUCUCCAGGGCAGUUUCAGUCCAACCAGCAACCCAUUCAGACCCAGAAACCAGGCACGAUGUGUCCUGACUCCGCCCCUCUCUCUGUCACUCAGACUCCUAGCUCCGCCUUCUCCAGCCUCAGCUCCCUCCACGACCCCCGUCAGAGCCUGCGACCCCCAACUUCUUCCAGUUUGGAUCGGCGUUAG